AGACACGUCGUUACUAUACUUUAUCGCGGUUCAAAACCUGUCGGUCUGCAUUCCAGUGUGCUGGUGGACGCCAAGCGUCGUGUUCUAUGAGAAGUUGAUCUUAUUGAAGCUUACAACGAUUCUCGUGAAAAAAAUGAAACGAUUUGCUAAAAAUUAUUAACGGAUUUAUUAUUUCUAUUCUGUAAGAAAGAUUGUGAUCUAUUCACGGGAAAGUUAAGGAUCUGGAACAAAUAGAUCGUACGGCUGGAUCGAAGGAAAAAGGAAUGUGUCAAGAUGCGAUCUGUGCCCUUUCCAUGUGGCAUUGUUACGAUUCUAUUUUAUGUUUUAGCCAGUCUUGUAUAUGGGCAAAGGCAAGAGUUAGGCAUGUCUUUUACCAGACAUCCACAACCAUUGGAUGCACCAAUAGGCGAUGACGUAAAUUUUGAAUGUAAUUUGAAUCUUGGCGCAGAACGUUUUUCUUGGCGCCAUAGACCAUUGAAUUCGGAUAAGUGGUUGCCAGUUUUUCACACAAUUAGUAAUGGUGGCAAAACAUCUAGGCAUGUGGUGAAAUUUGAUAAUGAAUCGAAAGCCGGAGAUUAUCGUUGUAUAGCUUUUUAUGGUUCAAGUGGUUUAGCUUCUGAUCCAGCAAGAUUAACAUUAGCUACACUACACAACUUUUCUGAUAAAAACGAUGUUAUUAUAAACGUUCCAGCAGGAAAUAUUGUACCUAUUACUUGUCCUGUACCUUAUUCUGCACCAGAAGCGAUAGUUCAGUUUUAUAAAAAUAAUAAUCUCAUACAAAAUGUUAAUAUAAUUGGUAGCAAAACUAUGAUUAUUGAGAAUGCUAAAAUAUCAGAUAGUGGAUCUUAUUACUGCACUGCUAGCAAUUAUAUAACUACACAAAUAUAUUCGAGUAACUAUAAAACAAUUUUAAAUGUACAUAAAAACAUUAGUUUUUUAGCACCAUAUUUUGUUAAGCAACCACAAACAGAAUACAAAGUUUUACGGGGCAAAAAUAUAACAUUAGAGUGUUUUGGUGCUGGCUAUCCAGUACCUUCCGUUACAUGGAGUAGAUUAGGCAGUCCGUUACCAUCAAAUUCCAUAAAAACUCUGAUAGGCUUAAUGAUAAUUAAUGUUCAGCCAUCAGAUAGAGGAGAAUAUGAUUGUAUGUGGAGUAGCAAUAAUGCACAUAUUAAAUCUGUAAUUAUAUUAAAAGUAAUGGAAGCUCCAAAAGUAAUUAAACCACCGAAGGCGUCCACAUUCUCUGAAGGUGGAGAAUUAGAACUUUCUUGUGCAGUAACUGGUGAACCACAACCAAAAGUUGAAUGGUUAAUUAAUGGAGAAUCCUUGACACCUAGUGAUAAUGUGGAAAUCAAAGGUUCUACACUUCUUAUAUCUGAAGUUGAGAAAAAACAUGCUGGUAUUGUCCAGUGUGUCGCGAGUAACGAAUAUGGGUCUCAUUCUGGUUGCAAUUUGCUAAGAGUAAAUCCUAAACAACAUAUUGGAACAGAAAUCAGACAGGAUUAUGGAAUUUCUAAUUCAAAACAUAAACACACUAGAGGAGGAGGUAGACGAAGAAGUAAGGAAGGGAAACAUAAAGGCACUGCGGUAUUAGUACCACCGAACCAGCCAAAUGUCACAAGGCUUUCAGAUGUGUCGGUAAUGGUUAGAUGGUCUGUACCUGAAAAUACAGGAUUGCCGAUUCAAUUUUUUAAAGUUCAAUAUCGAGAACUUGGACAAAAGAUGAAUGGCAAACAAGCCAAAUGGAUGACUGCAAAUUCAGAAAUACCGAAUAAUGUACGGGCUUUUGAAGUAACCGAUUUACAACCUGAUCAUACUUAUCGAUUUAGAAUUGCUGCAGUUUAUUCAAAUAAUGAUAAUAAACUUAGUCCAAAUUCCGUACGUUUUCAUCUUAACAAAGAUGGUGGAAUCGAAAGUAAUAAAAUGCCUAUACCUUUGUUAACGAACACUGAGGCUUUAGGUCCGCAUGAAGUAUUACUAAUUUGGCAAAAUUUAGAUAAAUUGGCAAAUAUCGAUGGUUUUUACGUAUACCAUAGAGCCUCUACUACAGCUGGAGAUUACAUAAAAACUACAGUUGAGGGCAAAGAUUCUUUCAACAUAACUAUUUCCCACUUGCAACCAGAUACAACAUACGAGUUUAAAGUACAAAGUUUUUCUGUGGAUGCUGCUUCAGAAUUUUCUCAAAUUCUUCGACAAAAAACAAAAAAAUCUUUGAAUAUGAAUGAACAUAACGAUUAUAAUAAUCGAAAUGAUCAUAGCAGCAAUCUAACAUUAGAUAGUCGAGUAAGACCUGCAGAUGAUAAAAAUGUGAAUAUGUAUGCCAUAAUUGGCGGAGUUCUCGGAGGAUCGACUUUGCUAGGUAGUUUAACCGCGGUUGCGGUAAUAUAUAAAAGAACAAAAUACAAACAAAGUCGAGAAUCAUCGCAAAGUGAAGGGAAACCAAUAACAAAUGGGAGAAUAAUGAAUGGUGGAGUAACUGAUUCAAAAAUAAACAUAACUUCAAAUCCACUUGCUGGUCUUGAUACAUCUGAAGAUAUAAUACAGCCUAAGGUCGGUAUUUACUACUCGAUAUUAAGAAGAUUAGUUUUUUUCUAGCUUUAGCCAUUGGUCGCGUUCUUUAAAUUCUACUUGCACAUUCUCUGCACUCUCUCUGGAAGCCGCUUUUCUUUUGUAUUUUCCGAACACCAUAUACGUACGUUAUAUAUUAUCUACAUGUCCAUGCUUCUUUGUGAGUGAAAUUUGAAAGAAGCGAAAUAUUUCUAAACAGACCGGACAACAGUCGCAGAUGGAAAUGGCUUCGUUUCUUAAUGGACAAAACAACAGCAACAACAACCAUAACAAUGAUACUGUUGGAACUGACCAGUGAAGACCAAUAGACUGAGAUCUCUCUUUGCUCCAGGGGUCACUGCCAACACCUUCUCUGCAAACAACUAUUUUAUAUGUGCUUCGAAAAAUCUUCAGACUAUAUAUUUUCAGAUUGAAGUUACAUCAAACUUUUAUAAAGAACGCCAAUAUUGUGACAAGAAUCAAGACAAAGAUGUACAAACAUUAAUAUUGCAAUGAUAUUUUUUUUUUAGUGAGACUUUAAAGAAACUUUAGUCAUCUGUUAGAUUUUACAAUGAAUAAUCAAUUUCAAGACAUUUACAGGGUGUCAUAAUAGGUAUGCUCAAAUAUUUCGAUCGAAAUUGUUAGACACGUAUUUGCCUAACGAUCGUAUACUACGAAUCCAGUUUUUCCCAUUACACGGUAAAUUGCGAUUUUUUAAAGCUCAAGAUAGAAUAAGGAAUUCGUGAUCGAUCAUGAAAUGGUUAAAAUUUGCAAAGUACCUGUCUAAUAUCUUCUUCGAUUUCUUUUUUUUCUUUUUUUUUAUUUCUAUAUUUUUAUCGCUCUCUUAUUAUAUAUACCCAUUUGACAGUCUGAUAAUUAGUGAGUUUGGAAUUAAUUAGAAAUUCAUAAUUUCGUAAUUGAAUUAUAUUCAUUUUCGUGAUAUUUAUCAUAUUUUUAUAUUAAUUUUAAUCCAGGCAGCUUUUACAAGUUAUGUUUGUUUCCUGAUUUAAAUUAAUUAGCGUUUAUUAUUUUAUGUUGUAAAUAAUUAGUAGUUAUGUUGAAUUUAGGACGAAUGAUAUUGUGCCUGAUAAAAAAGACAGCUGUGCUAUAUAUUUUAUAUUUUAUUAUGCUUUAGAUUAUUAUUUGAUAUUAUUUGAUUUAUUGAAAUUUUUAGACUCUGCUAAAUUGCGAUAGAAUGAAAUUUUAUUCAAAUUUUUUUUUUUUAAAUUAUCGUUAUUAUAUAUUGCAUUAUAUGUAUUAUACUUAUUCAUACAUUAUGAUGUUGAAAUUGAUAAAAUAAUAAUUUUAAAUAGAUUCAUUCUUAUGUUAGAACGAAUCUCAUAUGAAUUGCUGCUAAAAUAAUAGAAAUAAUAGAAAUAAUUCAGUCAUACAUUGCUAACAGUAUUUGUUAUAUAAUAUCAAGGAUUUAACUUGUAAUAACAGUAUUUUCCUAGCAUCAAAUUAGAUAUCGUAAGUUCUUUAGCAAUCAAUAUUAAUUUUCUGACGGUAAUAAAGCUUUACGAUGAAUCAAAAAAUUUAAGAAUCAUGUGAAAAAAAACAUUAAUUUUUAUUAGUAAAAAUUUCGAU